ACCCGCAGUGAAAAUUUUACUCUUAACAAAUGAUGAACAAAAUAAGAAGAAAGGCAUUGUUGUCGCUAAUUGCACUUCAGGGACUAUUUAGAAUUUGUCAGUGUAUGACAGGCCAAGACUAUGUGGUAACCAAUGAUCAAUUAAUACCGCUAGAGGUGGAGGGCAUGGCAAUUGAUUUUAGUCAUUUGGAAACCAUAGGGCGUCAACAUCUAGUCAAUGGUUCCUUGAUAAUACUCGAUGACUUGGAUGAUGAUAACUUUGGUUUUACCGUUGAAAUGUAUACCAGUCCCAAUGGUGAUGGUAAUUAUAAAAAAAUGGCCAUGGAUGUACCAAGGACUCAAGUUUGCGAGGGUUUUAAAAAAUUCUACAAGGAAUUUGUACAGCCCUCUUUUACGUAUGGCGAGAAUAGUAAUAUUCCCUAUAUCGGUGAUGAUGGUUUGUGUCCUAUACCGGCUGGGGAAUAUUAUUUUAAGGAAAUUGAAUUUAAUACAGAUGCUUGGCCCAAUCAAAUGCCUCGAGGCACUUUAAAAGUGGUGGUAACAUUUUUUAAGGGUGACGAUGUGGUAGGUGGUCUAACGGCUUUGUUAAAAAUUGAAGAUGAUACUAGAUAAAUUGGCAGUAUUGAUUGAUGUAGCAAAACAAAGCCAGGAAAAGGAAUAAAUAUAAUUAUGCUGAAUAAUGAACAAUUUCAAGUUUUCAUUUAUAAUUAUAUAUCUAAAUUUGGCUUAAAGUUUUUUGCACGUUACGAACAAAAUAUCUCAAAUUUAAACUUCACUGGAAUAAUAUUAAAAACUCCUUUAAUAUGUACAUGUCAGAAUCGUUCGCGAACAAACAUUUGGUUUUUUAUUUUCCAAGUAGUUUCUUCUAAAACGUGUGAAAAUAAAUUAUCUUCCUAAAUAAACAGAUAGCGAUCAAUUUAAAAACAAGUACAUAAAAAUU